AUGGGGAUCCAAUGUUUGACACAAUUAGCGGAAAGCCAUCCUAUUUUGGAGACUUUUACAUUGAAAAAAAGAAAGAUUGUUAUUGAUGGCUCAAGCUUGUAUCGCUUUUUGUAUUUUAAAGUCAAUCUGGACGGGAGCCACGGUGGGGAUUAUAUUGGAUUCAAAGACGUGACGUGCCAGUUUUUCCAGGCUCUCGAAGCCUGUGAAAUUGAGGCAUAUGUACUUCUGGAUGGAGGCGCAGACCGCGAUGACAAGAAGAUACCGACUCAAAUUUGCCGUCUCGAGUACAAAGUGGAGAAAGUGAGCAGGAUUGUAAAUCGGAGGGCAGAAGAACGGGAUGGCGUUUUACCUCCACUCAUCAAAGAUGUCUUCAAACAAAUCAUGCGAGAAAGAAAUGUUGCCUUUGCCCAGUGUUUUGGAGAAGCGGACCCCGAGGUUGUCUCCUUGGCAAACAAGUGGCAGUGUCCUGUUGUGUCACAUGACAGUAAUUUCUACAUCUAUGACCUGAGCUUAGGUCUACUUCCUCUCCUCCACUUUGACUGGCAGGGCAAAAAGGACAACGAGAUCAAGGCCAAGCGCUAUCGGGCGUCCAUCUUCUGUGACCACUUUGAGAUAAAUAGUGUUCUGCUGCCAGUCUUUGCUUCAAUUGCUGGAAAUGAUUACUCAAGAUUAGAGGAUAGAGGUUGGUUUUUAAGGAAAUAUCCUGGUGAUAGAUCAAAAACCUGGCAGUUAGACCGUUUGCGUGCCAUUCUUUGGUUCUUGUCAGGAACUCUCGCCACACAAGAAGCCCAGGUGCAGAAUCAGCAGCAGGCUGUUAAUUUUGUUUUAAAAGAGACGGGUCACUAUACAGCAGAAAAGUGUCAUGAACUUAUCUAUUCCUCUGAUUUAUAUUCCAAAGUCCCUGCUUGCACCAUUGAUUCAUUUUUUGAUGACAACGGAAACCCACCAGUUAAACCAGAGUAUUUAAAUGUUCUGCCCGACUGGAUGGUGCUGCCACUGAUGCAGGGGAGACAAACCUCAUUUUUCAUCGAUGUUCUGCGACUACAGAGGAUGUAUUUGGGCUCCCAGGUGGAAAACAUAAACCUCCAUAGCAGUCACUCUGCUUCUGGUCAAAUUAGGCAAUACCUUUAUUGGCUACUUGUCAGAGAACAAGGCUUUGUCACAGAAUAUGACAGGAAACCAGGUGAGCUGAAGGUUGAAGAGAAGAGAGUCUCUCCUAUCCGACCCAACGCCCUUAAAGAAGACAAUCUGCCGCUAAAUAGAUUGAAUCAGGCCCCACAGGAAACAUGCCUGGCAGUGUUGGUAGAAGCUCUACACGUUCCUUUUCCCAACCCAGACUUAAACAACAUCCCUAAUGACUUGAAGCUUCCAGUUUGUGUCAUCCAUUUCUGGAAGAAAAACUGCAUGGAUAUCUCCAAUUGCUACGUCGAUGCCUUAUUACUGGGGGCUGUGUACGGAGAACGCCUCAAACAGAGCGAUGAUGGAAUAUUCCAGAGGAAGAUGACGAAGAAAAGGAAGAUGGCAGAAACAGAGGAGAGAUUGGACCUUGCUGUGGCUCAUGCCUACAGCCAAUGGCAGAGCCGUCUCAAAGACAGCCUCCAGCUGAACCAGCUCCUGGGCUCGCCCCUCCCUGAACCUGGCAUUUCCUGGUACGGUAUCACCCGCUGCCUUCUUCUCUGCAUGAUGCAAUUAGUGUUUGAACAGUAG